AUGAUGUCUCAGGAGGAGCGCUGCGUCUUCAGCUUCGUGAUGAUGUCCGUGGCCUGCAUGGAGAACUGUGGCAAGGUGGAGGUGGUUGUGACGCGGAGCGGCCUCCUGCACUUCCCGGCCUCCGUUUCGUUCAGGACAAAGGACGGGACCGCCACGUCGGGGGAGGACUUCAAACACGUGGAGGGCUGCCUCAGCUUCAAGGCCGACGAGGUGGAGAAGUCCUUCGAGGCGAAUCGGACGGGCUGA